AUGGCGUCCAGCCGGGUGCUGGAGAGGGAGGUCCAGGAGGAGCCGAGGCGCGUUGCGACCGCAAACCUCGACUUCUGCCUCCACAAAUACUCCCUGCUCAUCAUAAUCGGACGGACCGCUCGCCUCAGACACUCUGAACACAUCAGCAGGGAGAUAGAGCGAGGUAUUCGGUCAUGGGAUGUGGACUUAAAAUCCUGUAACCUGAACCUUUACCUCCAGGAAUUCCUCUCCCAUCACACGGCGUCUUUCAAGGGUGCAGGGCGUAAAUGUCUACGUCACUGUACCAGGGUGUUGGACGCUCAGGUGGUGAUCAGUCCAUCUCAGGAACAGGCUCAUUCAGAGGUGUUUGCUCUCCUGUCCAGAGAAUCGGCUCAUAAGCUGUUGAUCUUGGCCGGCCUGAGUGAGGAGGAAAGUGGAGAUGUACUUUUUAACAAAGGACUGUUUUCACCACACCAGCUAAAACAAAUUCUUACAGAGCAGUUUUUUGAUCAGGAGAGCUCUGCCUCCUCACUUGCACACAACAGGAUCCAUCUAACCCUUAGCUGUCCCAACAUUGGCCAGUGGAGAAAGACUCUCUUGGAAAACCAGCCCCUGCAAGGUCGUUUCACUCUGCACAUCAAUCCCCCAGAGGUGCUGCCUGCCAUGGAGGCUCUGGGGGAAUUCACAUCACUCAUCUCUGGCACCAUUUGUGCUUCUUCCCCCUUUGACCUGCUGCCGCCCCCUACCACUGUGGGUUUCCUCAAGCUCUCCCGCCCCUGCUGUUAUGUGUUCCCUGCUGGCCGCGGUGAUUGUGCCUUCUUUGCUGUUAAUGGGUUUACUGUGCUGGUGGAUGGAGGCUCAGACUCUCAGGCCUGCUUCUGGAAGCUGGUCCGCCACCUCGACAGAGUUGAUGCAGUUUUGUUGACACACAUUGGGACAGAGAACCUCCCUGGUGUCAUCUCCUUCCUGGACAGGAAGGUGGCUGAGCAGGAGCUGAGAACUGAUGUCAUAGAGGACUCAUCUAAGAGGCUCAUCUCUCCAGAGCUAGGAGUAGUGUUCUUUAAUGGCCCCAGCAGGUUGCAGGUGGAACAACAGGCUUGUGUGGACAAUGUAUUGAAGAGCACACAGCAGGCUGCUCUAACCCUACAACUGUUAAAGAAGUUAGACAUCAGACCGCAACCAAUGUUUCGACCACAAGGAGUCCCCAUAGAGCCCCUAACCCUGUUCCAAAAGAUGGGAGUGGGGCAGUUGGAUUUAUACAUUCUCAACCCAGGUAAAACCAGCCAGGAAUACCAGGCAUUCAUGCAAAACUGGCCUGAUGGGGUAUCAUCAGCAUCCAAAUCCCAAACGCUCCCCCUCACUGCCCUCACCUCUGUUUCUGCCCUGCUUGUGUGGCAUCCGGCAUGUCCUCAUGAGAAGGUGGUCAGGGUGCUUUUCCCUGGUAUUACCCCACAGGCAAAGCUUCUGCAGGGACUGGAGAAGCUAAAGGGGCUGGCCUUUCUCCAGAAACCCACAGUGACAACUGGAGACCUAGAGAAGCUAGGGGAAGACAGAAAGACCAAGAGGACAGAUAGCCAGGACAGUGGAAGGUCACAAGGGAAGGAGGGAACACAAAAACAAAAAAAAGAGCGUGGAGAUGGUAAGGAUGUGUCCUUAAAGGAAAAAGGAAAAGCAUUAAAUGGAAGUGGCACAAUGGACACAGAUAAAACCAAAAUAAAAGAGACAGGAAUAAAGGAUAAAACAGCAGAGAAGAAUACUUCAAAAAAAGGAGGAGGAAAGGAUGGGAAAAAAGAGGAGAAGGCUGACAACAAAGAGGGGAAUGGUGCUAGAAAGAAUAAUCAGGGGAAAAAGGAUGGUGUCCCCUCCAAACCAAAGAAUGAAAAUAAAACAAAGCUCAAAAAAGAAGCAAAAAAUGACUCUAAAAUUGGAGAGAAGAAAACAAAAAAACCAUCAGGAAAGGAAACAAAUGUUGGCAAGAAACUACGUGUCAGCAGUGAAUUGCCAAAUAAUGACUCAGCCAAAUCUGACAACACUGGAGCUGUGCCAGAAAUCCUUGAUUCAGAGCGUACUGUUACUGAGCAGGAACAUAAAAAAAUGGACCCUGAGGAGAAUCCCUGUGGCUCCAAAAUGUCUACCCCUGAGGAUAUGACAGCUGAUUUUCUCAGGCUGAAGGAGGAAACUGAACGAGAAGGUGCACAGGUGGAAACAGUAGAUAAGCAGAAAAGCAGUGAUCCAGGAAAUGAAAAGAGCCUAGGAGGCCUGAGCAAAGAAGACACAUGUAAUAAAAUGGCUGACAGAUCAGUGGAAGAAGCAGCAGGUAGUGCUGGUGUAAUGGAAGGAAGGAAUGGUGAUAUUGGAGUGCAGCACAUGCCUGGAAUUUGUGAGAGAGCUGAUAUAGACCUGCAGAAAAGCCUUGUAGACCAGCCUGUAAAUACUAUGAAACCUGCAAAGGUUGUAGGAUUUCCAUCUCCCUUGAACAAGGCACCAAAGAAUGAACGUGCAGUCCAGUUAGACUUAACUCCCACUGAGUACACACUUCUUGAUGGGGCUUUGAAAUAUAGUCCACCCUCGCGAUCCUCUCCAGAGAACCAGGCCCCUAUCAGCCCUGAUGAGGAGACCGUAGAACCAGCCUCCCCAGACUCGCGGCCCAAUAGUGCAGGCCACACACCUUACUGUUUGUCCCCAGAUGACGUUUGGUGCAACAGAUCUGCUCUUAGCCGGCUGCAAGCCCAGAUGAGUAACCAAGAUUCUGCUGAUGUUAACCAGCCAAAUGGGGCUUCCAGACAAAGUGAGGGGCAGCUAUGCCAGCCUAAAAGCACUCCAGAGAACCCCACACAUCCCAGAGAGAAGCUUCUAAGUUUCCUUCCUUUGGGUGCACUUAAAGAAGGAUCUUCAGACCCUUCUCCCUCUGUUGCCACCACUACUACACACUCAAUGCCAGCAGAGGUGAGUUCACCCCAGUCCACAGAAGUAGAUGAAUCAUUGUCCAUGUCCUUUGAGCAGGGACCAACCACUGGGAGCCAGAGAGAAGGAGAUGACAGUGUUUAUCACUCCCACUCUAAUGGCAGCCAUUUUGGAGGAAUGUCUUUACAAGUGAAGAAGCCCGUCAGAUCUUUAGGUCAGGGUUCAGAGACAACACGACCUUUGGCUCCCAGUACACUUCAUUUUGAGGCUUCAGGUCACGAUGUGGACCUGUGUCUGGUUUCUCCUUGUGAGUUUAAACAUUUCAAACAGCCCGACUCAGGCUCAGGCACCAGCGAUGCCUCUAGAGGAGCCUUUACUUCUCAUCAUCAUGGCAACAACAAUAACAAUCCCAAGGACACGUCACCCAGUGACUCAAAUGCCCCCGUCUGCACUGAGGACUGCCCAUCCACCACCGCUGAUGGAGCUCUGGACUCGGAUGAGGAUGAGUCAUGUAGUGAGCCCUCUAGUUCUCCACACAACCUCCUCACCAAUCAGGCUUUGCCCCCAGACCCUCUUCCAGCACCUCUCAGGGACAGUCCACCCCUGCCUCCACAUCCUGAUGCCUCCAUGCCCGUUCCCCAAUUUGACUCAGAUGUUCAUGGAAAGAGAGCAAAAGCCAUGGGAAUGCGAGGGAAAAAAAUGGCUGGGGUUAUUGAGAGCCCCCCAAAAUCAGGCUCAGGGAAAAGCAGGACAGGGAGUCAAAGUGGAGUCACAAAGGGCGGCGUCGCUUCUCCUCGUACACCUUCCUCCAGCACUCGCUCAGCACCAGCAAAAUCUUCAUCCAGUCCAGGCUCUAAGGCUACCUCUGUUGGUGAAGCCAGUGUGUAUGUGGACCUGGCCUAUACCCCUUCUGGAGCCUCCUCCCCCACAGUGAAUGUGGACUUCUUCAGGUGUGUUCGCUCUUCUUGCUACAUCAUCAGUGGUGACAGUCCGGAGCGGGAGGAGCUAAUGAGGCAAACCCUGGAUGCUCUUCUGGAUGGAAAGAUAUCAUGGCCAGACUCUAUACAGGUGACAGUGAUCCCUACCUUUGAGUCAGUGUCAAUGCAGGAGUGGUACCAGCAGACUUUGGACAAACAGCGGGAGCUAGGAAUCACCGUCCUGGGAUCUAACAGCACUGUUGCCAUGCAGGAUGAGACUUUCCCUGCCUGCAAAAUAGAGUUCUGAGGCAAACUAGGAUAUGCAGCCAGGAGGAAGGAAGGUGAAUCUGAGUUAAAUGAAGCUGUGAAGUGAGACAGAAAGUGCAAGGGCUGGUGGAGUGACAGAAGUAGAUAACAAUAUGAGGCUUGUCACCUCACCCCUCCUGGUAUAGUGCAUCUUUUUGGGUGUCUUUUGCACUGAAGGGCCCUUACUCCCUUUGGGGAGUACUGCAUGACUUCAUUGACCCAUGACCCUGUGCAAAACAGGAGAGGAGAUCAUACUGACUGCAAGAGAAGCAUGUCAGCCUGCAUAAAUGUAGAUUUCCAUAAAAGCUGAUGCUAUAGACGACUGAAAAUAGUGUACAUGGGGUUAAUGGCACUUUGUGUAGGCUUGCACAGAAGCGUGAUCGUAGUUUGUGCUAUGUACUUGGGCGCGUUUUACUGCUUUUAACAAUAACAGCUUUCAACAACAUUUAUCCAUAUUACAUGCAUCUGGUGAAAGUGUCCAAAUGUUUAUUUAUGAAAAGCACUGCAUUUGUUUAAUUUUCUAAAUUAGAUUUAUUUGAACAUUUAUUUUUACUAAGAGUCCAACAUAUUCAUAUUAAGCAGUAAAGUGUUUUGUAAUGAGCACUGUAAGUAGAUGUGAUGUUUGCUGUGCUUGUGUUUUAACUGCUUUAAAAAAGUAUUAUGCCACUGUGGCUGCAGCGUCAACCAUAAGAUCCAUGCUGAGCAAACAGUCUCUCUGAAAUACUGAAAAUGAUAAUUGCUGAUGCUGAGAUUACUGACAGUGAGUGUGCAAACUGCAAAUCUGCCAGAAGGGAUUAGAGUACCAGAUUAAAUUUAAUAGCAUUACAGAAAUCAUGGUAUUAAUAAUAGUCCUGCAAUUGUAAUUAAUUUUAAAUGCUCAUGAUAAGGCUCAGACUUGUUAAUGAUGUGUUUUUUGAUUCUGGAUAUGAUCACACAGUAUGUUGUAGAAAAGUGAAGUCAUGGUUUAGUUGCAGUCACAGGUGGUGGAAGCUUGCCAAAGUGUAAAUAAGAAUACUUUAACAGGUUGUAUUUAUGUAGUGAAGACAUCUUGAAACUGGAGCUGAAA